AGUCACACGCUGCAACUUACAUUCGAGUUAUUCAGUAGCGGGCUUCUCGGCUACUGUUGAAAAUUAAGGUUAGUUUCACUCGGAAGAACUCGAUUACGUUGUCGAUCUCAGCCUUUAGCUGUUGUAGAAAGGUACCAUAUAUCGGAGGAAAAAGGAGAAAAAAGAAAACAAAGAGCAUGGCAAAAUCUGGACUGCCCGCAGUGCGGGCAUGUUUGUUCGACAUGGAUGGUCUUCUCAUAGACUCUGAAGACAUAUACACUCUAUGCACGAACAAAGUGCUUAACGAAUAUGGGAAGCCAGACUUACCAUGGAACAUUAAAGCGCAAUUACAGGGUCGUCCAGGACCCGAGGCAGGCAGGAUAUUGCGCGAAUGGGCCCAACUGCCUAUCUCUCAAGAAGAGAUGUAUGCCAAAAUCUCGGCCUUACAGGUAGAGCACUUCCCAAAGACCAAAGCACUUCCUGGCGUCCCUCAACUUCUUUCCACACUUUCCAAGGCCACAAACCCCAAAGUGCACCUCGCUCUCGCAACAUCGUCCCACAAACGCAAUUUUGAGAUCAAGUCUGCGCAUCUCGCGGAUCUGUUCUCUGUCUUCGACGAAGAACACCGAAUCCUUGGGGACGAUCCCCGCAUCGGCGCUGGGCGUGGUAAGCCGGCGCCUGACAUCUACCUGCUUGCAUUGGAGACCAUUAAUGCCCGGUUGCGAUCUGCUGGGGAGCGGGAGAUUCACCCGGAAGAGUGCCUCGUGUUUGAGGACUCAGUGCCCGGCGUUGAAGCAGGACGACGCGCGGGGAUGCAGGUAGUGUGGUGUCCUCACCCAGGGCUACUUAAUGAAUACAAGGGGCGAGAGAAAGAAGUUCUUGCAGGGUUGACCGGUGAGCACAAGGAUGAGGAGGAUGCAGGUGCGAAUGUGGUCGAAAACGUGCAGGACGAUGUGGAGGGGAAGGAGAAGAGAUUACAUGCGCGGAUUAAGGGCAGACCAGGUGAAUUGGAUGAUGGAUGGGCGGUGUUGUUAAACAGUCUUGAAGACUUUGACUACGAAUGGUUUGGCAUACAAACUACGGCUGGCGCGAGCACAUUGUGAUUAAGGCACAUGAGAUCAUCUCUGUACUGGCAAAUGUGUCAAUAUGGACGUUUAGAUCAAACUAGCAACGUCUUCACAUGUGCGAUCUCCCUACGUGUGAUCUGCGGAAGUAUUCUAAUGUUCAUUUAUGUGUUGA